UUUUAAAAAUAAACAAAUAAGUUUGACAAACCGGAAUCAUCAAUAACAUGGGCUAAAGCAUAUAAGAAAAAAAUAUAUAUAUAUUUAUAAACAAUGUAUUUAAUAUUCAAUUCAGCUCUUAUAUACUUUCUUUAUAAAUGUUCUUUUAUUAAGUCUGAAAAUUAUAUAAGUAAUUCUUUGAGCACCCGAAUAACUAUUGAAGCACCUGCCAAUCUAUCUGAUUUUUCAAAGAAGAAGACUUUUACAACAGGCGAUGGAAGUAAAAAUGUUGUUUCUUCUGUCUCGUCGAUACCGUAUCAAUAUGUAUCCUUGUUUAUUAGUAACAGUUAUGUUAAUAGUAUUUAUAUUACCCGUUCUAUUGAGAAAUCUACUGAAUAUUCGUUUAGUGAAAUCAACAAUAACUUAUCUAAAUUAUCGAAAAUAACUUAUAAUUUGCCUUCAUAUAUUGAAACAAAAAAUGCAACUCAAAUAAUAGCCACUACAACAACAUUAAAAAUGUCUUUAAAUUUUUUAUCUGUAAAUGACUCUUAUAAAUCAUUUGAUAAAACAUCAAUUUAUCAAUUAGUAUCAAAUAAUAAUUUAACUUUAUCAAUUGUUCCAACUGCCAAUACGUUGAUUUUUCCAACUAGUGUUGCUUCUGAAAAUUUAAUAAAUUUAUCAACCAAUUCGAACUCUACUGAGAUACUGUUUAGUCAUUUGCCAUCAAGUAUUGCUUUGUCGGAAAUAUCAGUUAUGAGUGUGCAAACUACUUUUUUUUCAGUUAAAUCAAUAAGUUUUCAAUCCAUUAUACUUUCAUCAGUAGAAUCAGCAAUUAACUCAUCAUCUAGUACUUCUACUUCAGAGAACUCAAUAAUAAGUUUAUCCACUAUAGUUGCUCCUUCAGAGAAGUCAACAGUAAGUUCUGAAAAGGUAACUUUAACACCUAGUUUGACUUCAUCACCAAAUUUCUCAUACCUAUUUUCAAAUCAAUCUCAAGUAAACUCCCGUACUGUUUCAAAUAUGUUUGAAACUUCUAAAAUUGUGUUUAGUGUUUCAGCAAGUUUAAGUACUUCUAUAAUAAGCUCUGUGAUUCCAGAAAGUUCUUGUGAGCAAUCAACUGAAACAUUCUCAAAUGCAAUGACUAAUAUGACACAAUGUAUUAUAAUUCAUACAAAUCCAAUGCAGAUAUGUCUUGAAUGUGCAAAGUAUUAUGAUAUGCUUCAGAUAUAUUACAAGUAUCUUGUAAACAAUUGUAGCUGGUUAGUUAGCCAAUCAAAUAAAAAGUAUCAAGUUAUUACAGAAAUUCUACAGGCUCAAGAAAGAACUUGGCAAUCAUUAGGGUGUGAGAAAUGUUAUAUUCCUAAUUUGGUUGCAAGAACUGUUACACCCGAGUUUAAAAGGUUUCUAGAUUUAAAAUAUGAAGUCGAAAGUUGUUUCCGAAAUGUUUCAUUAAAGAAUCAAACACCCAAUUCAACUUCAAGUGAGAAUGUAGCAAUCAAUAACACAAAGUUUAACAAUACAUGGAAUGUUUGUAAUAAAUGCUCAGAUAUUUCUAUGAAUAUUCUAAGAAAUUAUAAAUACCGUGAGGAUAAUAAUGACAAUAGUGAUGCACUUUGGUGUGCAGAUAUAAAUGUUGCUGUUACUGAAAUAAAAGAAUUAUGGAAUAAAAAUUAUAAAUGUAAUAAACAAGUUGUGAAGGAAUUCUUAACUGUUAUUGCCAUCACAAGCUUCUUUUGCUUUUUACCUGUUAUAUUUUAUGUUGGAGCAAAACUUCAUUUUGAUGUCAAUGAAAGAAAAAAUGCUAAUCGAUACAGUCAAUCUGAAUAGUGGUUCCGCCUUUUUUUUCGCUAGUGGAACUGCCUUUGUUUCCAUCAGCGAGUUUCAUCUUUGCUUCCACAGUAUUUCCACCAGCGAUUUUAUCUUUGUUUCCAUCAGCAGUUUCACUUUUGUUUUCACUAUUUGGUGGCUAAAAUAUUUUUUUAAAGAACUUUUUUUAUUAUUUUUUUCUUAAAAAGAAAUUUUUGUACUUAAAAGUAGUUUCUGUGUUUUUAUUUAAGAACACAUUGUAAGUACUAACGAUAAUAAACUUUAUUGUGUUUACAUUUGAGAACACAUUGUAUGUACUACUAAUAAUAAAUUUCAUUGUUUUUACAUUUGAGAACACAUUAAUUGCAUUGA